UUCAACGGCCCGGGAAGCAACUACCGGAAGUGCCGGCCCUGAGAGGUGGAGUCCGGGCGGCGGCGGCCGUUGCCUGGAGCCCGCGCUGCCGCCUGAGACCGAUAAUAUGGCCGGGAGGAGGAGGAGAAGGCGGCGGUGGACCGAGCUGCUCUCUUUCAGUACCAGUUGAAUCGUUUGCUUCCUGACAAGGCCCGUGUGCUACUGUGUUGCCUACACUGUUCUGUGUCAUGGGGAUUCAGCCGUGAGCAAGACUCGGAAAGUACCUGUGCUUAUGGAGCUUACGAUUUGGUGGAGGAAGACAGACAAAAGCCAAGGAAAUAAACAAGAUAAUUUCAGAUAGUGUGUGGUUGUGGGAAGAUGGAGGAAUAUGAGAAGUUCUGUGAGAAAAGUCUUGCCAGAAUCCAAAAGGCAUCACUAUCCACAGAGAGCUUUCUACCUGUUCAGUCUGAAAGCAUUUCACUUAUUCGCUUCCAUGGAGUGGCUGUGCUUUCUCCACUGCUUAAUGUUGAGAAAAGAAAGGAAAUGCAACAAGAAAAGCAAAAAGCACUUGAUGUAGAAGCAAGAAAGCAGGUUAAUAGGAAGAAAGCUUUACUGACUCGUGUCCAGGAGAUUCUUGAAAAUGUUCAGGUUAGAAAAGCACCUAAUGCCAGUGAUUUUGAUCAGUGGGAGGAUGAAACAGUUUACUCUAAUUCAGAAGUCAGAAACUUGAAUGUUCCUGCUACCUUUCCAAAUACCUUGCCAAGCUCUACUGAACACUCUACUUUAGCAAAGUUUGAAAAGUUAACUGGAAUUUUGCCAUUGAAUAAUGAGGACCAAUUUAAAUCUAAUGGAAUAGACUUAGCUAGGGAUUCUGAAAAAUUUAAUUUUCUGAAGCAAGGUGGUAGUUCAAAUAUUGGUCGUACAGAAAAUGAAACUUCUCUGAAGACCUCAGCAACCCCACAAGAGACUCUUAUUUCUGGUGGUCUCCUCCCAAAAAAUGAAGAACAGGAUCCAUCACUUUUGGAAGAAGUUACUCCGGAUCCCUACUUAAUGAGUCUCCAGAAGCUGAUGAAAAAGUCAAAGGAAUAUAUAGAGAGAGAACAAUCUAGACGCAGUCUGAGAAAUAGUGCAAAGGGAAGUGUUAAUGAGAGUCAUUCAGACAAAGAAAAUGAUGCCGUUAAAGUAACUGACUGUGUAAAGGAGAAGACCCAGUUUAUGGGCAAACACUGUAGUUCAGUGAUUCCUGAUAAACCAAGCCUUAAUAAAUCAAAUGUUCUUCUCCAAGGUGCUUCCGCUCAAGCAAGCAGCAUGAACACAGCAGUUUCGGGUAGUUUUUCUAAAGCAGACAUAGCUGUGGGAACUGGCCACCCCACUGUUUCAGAUCCUGAUUCUGAUUUUAAAGUCAUUCCCACUUUUGUUACUGAAAAUAAUGUUAUCAAAAGUCUUACUAGUUCAUAUGCCAAAUUACCUAGCCCAGAGCCAAGCCUGAGUCCUAAAAUGCAUCGAAGGCGUUCUAGGCCAUCAUCAGCAUAUAAUAUACUUAUAAAUAAUCCAGUAAAUGCCUGUGAGUUAAGUCCUAAAGGAAAAGAACAGACAGUAGACUUAGUUGUUCAAGAUACUGAUGAAAAAACAAGCGUACCUGAAACGGUGCCAAAGUUACCAACUGAUUUAACAGGAGUUUGUUCAAGCAAGGUUUACGUCAGCAAAAAUACAUCUGAAGCUAUACAAGAAAUGGUUCUAAGUAAUUCAAAUCAGGUAUGUCAAUCUUCAGGAAAUCAAUUAGAAAAUAAAGUUAUUCAUGGACUUGCUAUUGUGGAAGGUCAAUUAACAUCUGAUGGAAGAGUUCCACACAAAAUGGACAGUACAAGUACUGCAAUGCCAAGUUUGCAUGAACCAUAUACCACUGGUCCAUGUAUAGCAAGUCAAAACUUUGGAACCAUGAGUGGACUCAAGUCAGCCAGUGUGUUAGAGAAAAGCUGCAGUUUACAAAUGGAACUGAAUAAGUCUUAUGAUGUAAAAAACCCAUCUCCUUUACUAAUGCAAAACCAGAAUGCCAGACAGCAGAUGGACACCCCUACAGUGUCCUGUGGAAAUGGACAAUUUUUGGAUAACAGUUUUGAGAAAGUUAAACGGAGACUUGAUUUAGAUAUGGAUAGUUUGCAAAAAGAAAACUGCCCAUAUGUCAUAACAGCUGAACAGGAAAGGCAACAUUUGCCAGAAAAAAUAUCCCCCACAGGAUCUGUCUACGUCAACAAGAAUAAAAUGUUAGAAAGUAUUUCUAGAGCUCUAAAGGGGGCCCCUUUGGCUGGCCCCAUCAUCACUGGGGAAAUAGAAGAACAGGAAAAAAUGUUCAAAGAGAAGAAAGUGAUUACAGCGGAAGCCUCUGAAUUGGAUAUUAACAAUACAGCGGACUUAGAAUGGAGAAAAAUAAGUGACUCCAGUUUGCUAGAAACAAUGCUUUCUCAAAUGGACUCACUCCAUACUUCAAAUUCCAAUAGUUCUGGUUUCACAAAUUCUGCCCUACAACAUAGCUUUGGUUCUGUAAAUGAAGCACCAUUCUACCUCUGGGGAUCAUCAACUAGUGGCUUGACCAAACCCUCCGUAACAAGGCCUUCUGUAAGAGCCACAACUAAAUGGUCUCAGGCUUUCAGUCCAGAAGUACAAGCAAAAUUUAAUAAAAUAACUGCUGUGGCAAAAGGAUUUCUUACUCGUAGGCUUAUGGAGACAGAUAAAUUAAAGCAACUUCGACAAACUGUAAAAGACACUAUGGAAUUCAUAAGAAGUUUUCAGUCAGAAGCACCAUUAAAGAGAGGAGUUGUUUCAGCACAGGAUGCUUCUCUUCAGGAAAGAGUGCUGGCUCAGUUGCGGGCUGCCCUGUAUGGUAUUCAUGAUAUAUUCUUUGUAAUGGAUGCAGCUGAAAGAAUGUCUAUUCUACAUCAUGACCGAGAAGCUCGCAAAGAGAAAAUGCUCAGGCAAAUGGAUAAAAUGAAAAGUUCACGAGUGUCUCUUUCCGCUGCAACACAGAAGUCUCUUGAUAGGAAGAAGUAUAUGAAAGCUGCUGAAAUGGGAAUGCCAAAUAAGAAAUUCCUGGUUAAACAAAACCCUUCUGAAGCAAGAGUUCUUCAGCCAAACCAAGGACAGAAUGCUCCUGUUCAUAGGCUACUUAGUAGACAAGGAACCCCUAAGACAUCAGUGAAGGGGGUUGUGCAAAAUAGACAGAAGUCUUCACAGAGCAGAGUGCCUAACAGAGCGCCUGUUUCAGGAGUAUAUGCAGGAAAAAUCCAAAGAAAGCGGCCAAAUGUUGCGACAAUUUAAGAAGACAACAUUCAUUAGGAUAAAGGGGGGGAGGGUUCCAUCCAUAUUAUUGUCCAUGCCCAAGACUUUCAUUUCACCCUGGACUGUUUACACAGACAAAGUGAUGUCAAAGGGCUGAAUAAUUAUGUGGGUAAUAUGGUCAGUCUGGCUAAUUCCUUCCCACACCCCCAUUUUCCUUUUAAUAUUAGGUUUGGGUGAAGACAAAUUAGUAUUUAGUUAAUUGACUCAUCUCUAUGCUUAACCUGUACAAACAUAAGUUUGUUUUAUGUACCCAUAUGUCUGUUGAGAACUUUUUGUAAAAUUAAAAGGAUAUUUGGGUUUAUAUUUAUAAAAUACUGAAAAGGUGUGAUAAAAUAUAGGUUCUGAAAUAUAAAUUUCAUUCAUCUCUGCAUACUGAUUGCUGAAUUUGAUAUAUUAGAUGCUGUUCUAUUCAAGGGGAAAUUAUUGCAGAAAAAUGUUUUCUCCCAGUUUUGUAAAAACUGAUUAAUCUCUCAGCCUUCAUAUUCUUGGUCUUACAGGAUAACCACGUAGAAUAAAACAUUUGCUUGCUGAUUGUAGGUCCACCUAACGUUUACCACAGAAGUAUCUGGGGAUCACCCUUUUGGUCAUAAGCACACAUGUCUCUCAACAGCUAGUUGUCUUACAGAAAUGUUAGGUUUGAUGUUUGUUGUCCCAGUACUCUUAGAAACAUUUCUGCUGAAUUAUAAAAUCUUUCUGUAGAGGGUGACAACUUUGGUGAAGACAGUACAGUCUUCCUGAAUGUAGUGGCAUGCAUUAAUGUUACAUUCAUCUCUGUAACAUAGAAUGUUGCAUGCAGUUUUGUGUUCCAUUUAGUCUGUAUAUUUUGUUUCUUCAGAGUCUGCUUUUUCUAGCAUGCUUGAUUUAGGAGAGAACAAAGGGCUAUAUAACAUAAUAAGAAGGUCAGAUUUUCAAAUGGGAUAGUAAUAUUAUCUAGUUGAAGUUCUGCAUUAUUUAAGAAGCACUGCCUUUUAAAGUUUUUCAUCACUAACAUAUUCAUUUAAAAUAUAAACCAAAAAAUGUUACUAAGGGACUAUGAUUUUAUGAAAGAGAAUGCCACUGUUGAUUUAUGAUAGCAUUUCCAAAAAGGGCUUUGUGCUUCUCACAUAAAAUUGGGACUGUGUACAUUUAACCUGUCUGAAUUUUUAAAAGAUACUGGUGUUUGAAAAUGUAGCCUAUAUAUAUUCCCAAUAUUCUUUAAAGAAUGGAGAUAAAGACUGUUUUCUUUGCUUUUCUGUUCUAUUUAAAAUUUAACUUUUACAGCCAACCAUGGACAGAAAGUAAUAACCUACUCUGUCCGGGCGUAAACUUGAUUGAGAUGUAUCAUUUGUUGAAUGAGCAAACCAGGAAGUUAAAAGACAGGUAAAAUGUCUGAGUUACCAAUUUUUUUAUUUGUAGGCAAGAAUAUCAAAUUAUCUUAAUAUGAUAAAUUAUGCUUUAUCGUUCUGAAACCUCAGGAGACAGAUUGCUCAUAUCAUUGUGGAUCUUUCCAGUAAGAAAGAUACUAAAAGUUUUGUGUACACUAAUACAAAUUAGCUAAAACAAAUAGUAUGUUUUGGAGAAAGUUAAAACUAGUUUUAGAUUAAGGAUGAGAAACUUGAGUGUGUUUUUUUUUUUUUUAAGAUAGAGCAUGUGUGUUUUAUACCUUGUUUAAAUGUUCACAGCUUUUCUCAUAAAAGUGCCAGACAUUGUUUUUGUGCUUUUAAUGGAUUUUUAUUUAUACGCAUUAUUUUUUUAAUAUUUACUUUGAAGUGGAAUGUUCAUUAAUGUGAAUUGUAUUUAUUUUUAUACUUUAAUUUUCAUUAGUUUUGCUUCUAGGAAAAAGACAAAAUAAACUUUUCUUAAAGGAAA